AGCGCGCGGUGGUGCCGUGACGCCAGUUGCCGUGGUGAGGCGUGCGCGCACCACCGCCCGACCCCCAUCCCCAAACCCGGCGCCGCUCUGGGAGGCCCGGCCAUGGCGGCGGAGGAGGAGGAGGCCGACGUGGAGUGGGUGGUAGACAGCAUCGCCGGGUUCCUCCGCGGGCCCGCCUGGUCCGUCCCCGUGUUGGAGUUCAUGGAGCAGAAAUGCGAGGUUUUUGAUGAUGAAGAGGAAAGCAAGUUGUCCUACACAGAAAUUUAUCAGGAAUACCAAGCACUGGUCGAAAAAUUAUUAGAAGGCUAUCUUACAGAAGUUGGCAUUACUGAAGAGAAAUUUCAGGAAGCUUUUUCAUCUCCUCUUGCAAAGACUCACACUUCGCAGGCCAUUUUGCAGACAGUGCUGGCAGCAGAAGAUUUUAGACUAUUUAAAAAAAUGAUGGUACAGAAAAAUAUGGAAAUGCAAUUGCAAGCCAUAAGAGUCAUGAAAGAAAGAAAUGGUGUGUUGCCUGACUGUUUGACAGAGGGUUCCGAUGUAUUCAGUGAAAUUGAAGAAGAAGAAAUGAAAAUACUCAGGGAGGUUCUAAGGAAAUCUAAGGAAGAAUAUGAAAUAGAGCAAGAAAGGAGACGGAUGGAAGAAGCACGUGCUAAAUGCAAAUCACCAGCUGUGACCAGUUCUCCAGGAGAUUCAAGAGAAACUGUAAAAGUUAAGGAGUCUACUGAGGGAGCUGAUGGUUCUGAAGAUACUCCAAAGUUAUCAUUAGAGGAAUCUCAGCAAUCUGUAAGGGCAGACUUAAAGCCAGUCCGCCCGGCACAGAAAGGCCCAGAGCGCUCACCUCAGCCCACCAGAGGGAAGGAGGACACGAAGAAGAGAGCGCCUGCAAAACGUGCAGAAAGUGCAGCACAGAAAGCUGUGCCAGAAGGACACAAUGCACCAGAACUUGACGAGCAGCAGCUGAGACAACGGGAGGAGUAUCUUAAGAAAAAACGAGAUAUGCUGGUAGCUGCAAAGAAAGAGUCAAGAAAUAAUAUAAUACCACCCACAAACAGGGACCAGAAGGAGGAGGAACCAUCUCCUAAAGAGGAAGUUUCAGAAGAGAAGCAAAAACUACUGCAGAAGAGGAAAGUGCUCGCAGAAAAACUAAAAGAAGAAGUUAUUAAUAAGCGGUAAUUGUGAGAAGCUCAUUGCAGACCUCAAGAACAUAGGCGUCUUUAGAAUAAAUUAUGACCAAUAAUGGAA